GUCCUCCCUCCCACCCGCCGCGUCGUCAGUUUUAACGCGCACCCCGCCCCGCCUCCGUUUCAAACCCAAAAUAUUUCCGCCCCCUCCUCACCUCCCAAAUCUUCCUUUCCCUCCUUCCUCCUCCUCCUUCCCACCCAACGAUUUGCCCUACUUUUUUUGCUUUCCCCCGCCGCUGCUGCGAUUAGUCUCCGAUCUCAACCAAUCGACCAACCAAAGCCUUCCCCUCUCCAUCGAUUCAGCAGCCGCGCGCGAGCACGCACCAAACCGCCACCUACCGCCCCUCCCCGCGAGCGAAAACCCUAGCGCGCCCUCGCCCUCGCAUGGCGGACCAGAACGGCGCCGCGGCCGUGAGCGAAGCGGAGGCCGCCCCUGUUCAGGUUGAAACUGGUGCUGAAAGUGGGGAUGCUGAAAGUGAGCAGUACCAACCAUUUUUCUCCAUGUGCCAGCCGAUUCGCUCUGUUAGCUAUUCAAAUUCCUGGGAUAUGGUUUGUGCCCCCACAAUUAAGAGUAACGAACACAAUAGCAACUUGGAUUCGAUGGAUGAUAAAUACAUGCUGAGUGCACCUUGGCCUGAAAAUGAGCAGCCCCAGUCUGAGAAUGACAUGGAUUUGUUAGAUGGGGAUACAAAUAUGCAGUCUGAACCCCUCAGCACAGAGCAGCCUAGCUCCAAUGAUGAAAUAGAUAUCUGGGAUGGGAAAACUAAGCAAGACUCAUCAUCCCUUCUUGACAGCAAGCUGUGCAACUCCGGCAGCGGCGCUGAACCUUGCAACAUGGAGGGCCAACAAUUUUCUUUGUCCUUUUCCCGCAACACUCAAUCUCAAUUGGUGGGAUCUGGUCUUGGCAAUAUGGGGAACACAUGCUUCCUAAACUCAAUUCUUCAGUGUGUCACCCAUACAGUCCCACUUUUUCUCAGGCUUCGUUCCACUGAUCACUGUGCUCCAUGCUCAUAUGAUAAAGAUGGUUUCUGUUCAUUCUGUGCUCUUAAAGAACAUAUUGAUGAAUCAAUCCGAAGGUCUGGAUCUGUUAUAAGGCCAGUGAGGUUCAGAGAUAAUUUAAGGAAAUUAUCAUCAGAUUUUAGACCAGGACAACAGGAGGAUGCACAUGAGUUCCUACGUUGUUUGCUGGACAACCUGGAUAAGUGCACCACUGAUCCCAAGCCAAAGGAUAAGCCCUCAUCUUUUGAUGAAGAAAGUAUUGUUAAGCAGGUUUUUGGAGGCCGACUAAAAAGCAAGUUGACUUGCUGUGAGUGUGGACACUGCUCGGAGACAUAUGAGCCCUUCUUGGAUCUUAGCCUGGAGAUUGAUCAGGCUGAUAACCUUAUUGAUGCCUUGGAAUCUUUUACCAAGUUGGAGCGAAUUGGGGAUGCUGAGGACAAGCUGAACUGUGAACAUUGUAAUGCAAAAGUUUGUAAGAACAAGCAACUUAUGCUUGAUAGAUCACCAGAUGUCGUUGCCAUUCAUUUAAAGCGUUUCACCAGCCUUGAUAGAUCUGUUGAAAAGAUUGACAAACAUGUGGUGUACCCACUAGAACUUGAUUUGAAGCCAUUCCAUUGUGAUCCUGACAUCAAUAAGGAGCUGAAAUAUGAUCUUUAUGGCGUUGUUGAGCAUUCUGGUUCACCUAGCUAUGGCCAUUAUGUUUGUUCUGUUCGUUCUUCACCGAGCACUUGGCAUCUAAUGAAUGACUCCCAUGUUGAUUUGAUUAGUGAGGCAAGCGCGCUGAACCAGGAAGGGUAUAUUCUGUUUUAUAUUAGGCAGGGCAAAUUUCAGUGGUUUUCAAGUUUGCUGGAGCAAAAGGAUGACCUGCAUCCUGAAAAUACGAGUGGUGCAUCUCCCGUUUCAGUAUUGGAGAAUAUAGAUGUGGAUUGUCCAACAUCCUCUGGUGAAGCAACCAACAGUUCUGGUGAUAAAUUAGAGAAAGAUGAAACUAGUCAAUGCAAAACAUCUUUCCUUGAGGAGCCAGCUAAGGGAUGCCCGAUUGAUGGUAUCAACAAGGCUGACCUAAAAGAUGAAAUCGUGCCAUGCAUAUCAUCUCAUCACGAUUGUGUGGCUAAUAGGUGUCCUGGUAGUGCUGCUGACAUUACCAAUUUGGACAGACCCUCAACUCCUUCGCCAAAACGCAAGCGUUUCUUCUCUGAUGAUAAUGAGUUUAAUGUGUUUGAGUUUGAGGACUUCGGUGACGAAGAUGAGACCCCUCUGCUUGGAAACCUUAAAUUCACAUCAAAAGCUAAGAAGGCUAAGGUUGAAUCAGCAUCUAAAUCGACGAAGGGCCCUUGCAUAGAUAAGAACGUAACACGAUUAGUAAGGAGUAUGCCGUCCACUCGGAGAAAAGGCAUUGUGGACUGCUUGAGCCAACUCAAUGCAGAGCAGGAUUCUGGAAGCUGUCCUCGGAGUCACCCUCUUGGCAAAAAGAAGCUCGGCAUCCCGGUUCCAAUCAAAUGGUAGCAUGGUCCGAGUGCCGAAGCCUUUUUUUUUCCAGCUGUACAUGUUAGUUUAGCAUGCAUUUUGUUUUAUAUCCAGAACCAACAAAUUUUAUCUGCUUGUCAUAACCUGUAUGACCGGCUAGAUGGUGAUAGUGAGGUACAUUUUUGCUGCCUUCUGAUGUGGAAUGCCUCACCUAUAUGUAUGGAACAUGCACUCGGAGUCCCACUUCAUUUGUGAAAAACAGUGGCAAAGGGAAGAGACUAAAAACUGAGGAGUUUUGUGUGGGCCGGUGCCGUUCUUCUUCAAA